CCCGGAAGUACCGCCCCUCCGGACUGACUUCCGCCGCCCUCCGCACAGGCCAGUCUCGCGAGAAUUGACAGCGCUAUGUGACCUGGGUUAGGCGGAAGUUAGGUCUCUUUUUCGUGGCGCCUCCUGCGCGGUCGGCUGCGUCAAGAUGAAGCUGAAUAUCUCCUUCCCGGCCACCGGCUGCCAAAAACUAAUUGAGGUAGACGACGAAAGAAAGCUUCGUACUUUCUAUGAAAAACGCAUGGCCACAGAGGUGGCUGCUGAUGCUCUGGGUGAAGAGUGGAAGGGUUAUGUGGUCCGAAUCAGUGGCGGGAAUGACAAACAAGGUUUUCCCAUGAAGCAAGGCGUUUUGACCCAUGGCAGAGUGCGCCUGCUGUUGAGUAAGGGGCAUUCUUGCUACAGACCAAGGAGAACUGGAGAGAGGAAGCGCAAGUCUGUUCGAGGAUGCAUCGUGGAUGCCAAUCUGAGUGUUCUCAACUUGGUUAUUGUAAAAAAAG